UUCAUUCACUUCUCAUCCGCGGAGCUUCAUGUGCGGGUGUGAUGGCCGGAUCACUGACGCUGGUGCAUUUCUUUACGGUUUUAUCCGUGUUUGUGUUCUUCGGCGCGACGGUAACCGGAGGAAAGAGAGAAAACGCCGAUAAAUGCAACUACAAGGGAACUUACUCGUCCAUCUCUGAUGAAAACGGUCGCAAAAUUGGAGUCACAUUUCGAUAUGACAACUGCUCACUCAACUGGAAUCCAGCGGGGAAACAUGCCAUCCAUGAGGUGAAGAACAUCACCUUCAGUCACCUGUCCUGCAACAACCAGGCGGCCGUGGUGGUCCGCUGGAUGGCCAGCCCCCUCGGUAUUGAACACAUCAAAGGGUUCAGAGUGUAUCUGGAGGACAAAAACCCAGAGGGAAAACAGUGCCAACAUUUGAUCCUCAAAGAUCCACGACAGCUUAAUUUCUCCUACAAAACCGCUAGGAUGAGCUCUCAACCCUUCUUGGGUCUGGCGUUCGAGACGGACUACAUGGUCAGAAUUGUGCCGUUUCCCACGUUCUUGAACGACAGUUUCUUUCCUCCGUCGUUUCUGCGCACUAACAGUUGUGAAGGGCUGCUCGGUCCAGAUAACCUCGUCUGCAAACCAUUCUGGAAGCCAAAGAUGCUGAAUGUCUCCCAGCUCGGCACUAAUUUGCAUGUUGUGUUUGACCACGCCCCCUCCACGUUUGGCUUCAGCCAAUACUACCUGUAUUACAAGCUCAGACAGGAAGUUCCCUUCAGACUCAAACGCUGUAAACCUGAGCAGAAUGGCCCCAGGACUACUUGUGUUUUACAAGACGUCACUCCAGGAACUUACGCAAUCGAGCUUCGUGAUAUUAACAACACAACCAGAAGACAGACGCAGUAUCACGUCAGCCAAGUUCAUUCUCCGUGGGCCGGACCGAUCCGAGCCAUGGCCAUCACCGUUCCUCUGGUCCUCGUGUCUGCCUUUGCCACCCUCUUCACUGUCAUGUGUCGUAAGAAACAGCAAGAGAAUAUUUACUCCCACCUGGACGAAGAAAGCUCGGAGUCGUCCUCUCAGACCACCGCUCUGAACGCUGACAGACCCUGGCCGAGACCCAAGAUCUUCAUCUGUUACUCCAGUAAAGACUGUCCCAAACAUCUCGCUGUCAUCCAGAGCUUUGCUUUCUUCCUGCAGGACUUCUGCGGCUGUGAGGUAUCGCUGGAUCUCUGGGAGCAUCUGGAGAUCUGUAAAGAGGGUCAGAUGGAUUGGCUGAGCAGACGCAUUAAUGAGGCUCACUUCAUCAUCACCGUCUGCUCCAAGGGCCUCAAGUAUUUUGUGGAGAAAAGACACCGGAAGGGCAAAGCCACGUCGAAGGAGAAAAACAAAGAACCGGCCCCCGGAGACGCCAGCAGCAGAGAUCUCUUCAUCGUUGCCACCUCCAUGAUCUCCGAAAAACUCCGCGAGGCGCAUCAGAGAUCCUCUGACCUGUCACGCUUCAUGGCCGUUUACUUCGACUACUCCCACGAGAGUGAUGUACCCGCAUCGCUCAGCCUGGCGCCAAAGUUCAAACUGAUGGACCAGCUGCCCCAGCUGUUCGCCCGGCUUCACUCCCGCCAGCUCAGCCUGACGGACCGCGAGCCGCAGCCGCCCAACGUCAGCAGGCGCAAUUACUGCAGCAAAUCGGGGCGGUCGCUGUACGUGGCCAUCUGCAGCAUGCACCAGCACAUGGAGCAGGAGCCCGACUGGUUCGAGAGGCAGCUCAUGCCGCCCCCCGCGCCCAACAAACGCGUCGAGCCCCCGUCUGAGAAGAUGGACUCGGGUUUGGUGCUCAAUGAAGUGAAAUUGAAGCAUCCGUCAGAGAGCGACUGUCCGGUCAGUAGUAACGUCCUCCUCCUGCCCGCUGUGCCCAAGACGGCGGUGCUUUCUCUGUCGGGCCCCUCGCUGCAGGGGGACGUGGGGGAAGGUUCAUCGAGUCAGGAACUGCUGGGUUCGUUGAGGCCGGUCCUUCAUAUGGACGGAUCGGCCAGUCCUCCGGAGAUGCCCAGAGACUCGGGCAUUUAUGACUCAUCUGUGCCAUCUUCAGAGCUUUCCAUACCGUUGAUGGAGGGUCUGUCGCCGGACCACGCCGACAGCUGCUCACUGGCCGACAGCGUGUCUUCGUCCUCAGGACUCGGUGAUGAGGAGCCUCCUUCUGUUCAUUGUGCAGGAGCCACGAUAUGCAAAGCAGAACUUCAUCACCACAUACAGAGUGAAGGACUCACAGCCUCUCCCUAGUGGCCUUUAUCUGAACUUGCAUUGCCACUUUAAUAAGAAAGCUUGCCACCGAUUCUCAUCGCAUCCCUGAAAGACUGACAGCCCUCAUCAGACUGGAUCUGAAGGGAUUGAACGGGACGUUGUGUACUUACUGCUCAUAGCGUGAGCAACACAACUGUGUUUGUGACCUUAAAACAAACUUUGUGAUUAUAUUCACCACAUCAUCAGACGGACUGAUCUUAUUCACAUUUGGGUUACAGAACCUGUGCUCGUGAUGAAUGUGAGAGUCAUUUUAAAAUGUAAAUUCACUUUUAUUUAUUGUAUUAACUGGCUUCAGUUGUGAGCGAUGAGAUGAAAUGGAAAGUCGUUGCUGACUCCAGACGGGUAGAUUAGCUGUUUUAAGGUCAAACUCAAUUUGGUUUCAUCUUGAAAGAUUGUACAACAGCACAUAGCAGCCUUUAGCAUAAAUCAACAGAACGAUUGUUUAUGACCCAAACAUGUUAUUUUGAUAAUUUGUUGUGAAUCUGUUGUGUGCUUGUCUCAUACAGGUUUGUACAUUGUUUAUUUUUUUAGAACAUUACAAGUGAUUUCUACAUUAUAUAACUUUGUACUGUUUUAUAGUACUCUAAUGUAGGACAUACUAAAGGUAAUAAAACCAUGAUUUAUA